UUCAGUGCUCACACAUGUAUAGAGCAGGACAAUCUGUAUUUGUAUUUGCACAGUGACGGUACACAGCGAGUUAAGGAACACAGCUAGUUUUUAAAUGCAACCGCACACACCAUGGAUCCCAUCUUCAGACAGUCCUCAUCACAUCUUGACUCAGCCCAAGGCCCCCCAGUCUGGACUCCGGAUGGCCACCUCAGGGAUGAAGUUCAUUGCUGCUCUCUUCUGUGUGACCUCAUGUUUACACCUUGGCAUCACUGUUCUUCUGCAAGGUCCUAAAUGUGGUUUUCCUCAGGUAGAGAGCCUCCUCGACCGCUCCUUGAGAAUCGUUGGGGGAACAGAGGCUUUGUAUGGAUCCCAUCCUUGGCUGGUAUCUUUAAGGUCUGGGGGCUUGCAUUUCUGUGGAGCGUCCAUCAUCACGGAACGCUGGAUAUUAACAGCUGCCCACUGCUUCUAUAGCAUGUCAAAGGGGUUGCUGCCAAAUGUUAUUGCCAUCAUUGGGGAUCAUGAUCAGAGAGUGGCAGAUCAAGGGGAGCAGAGGUUCAGGCUGAAGAGAGUCAGAAUCCAUGAAAAGUACCGGACCUUCUCUCCGAUGAACUAUGACAUUGCCCUUUUGGAACUGGAUGGCUUAAUUCAGUUUGGUGAACAUGUUCAGCCAUUGUGCUUACCUCUGCCCAGUGAGAAGUUCCCGCCCAGGACCAGCUGCAUUGUUGGUGGAUGGGGCCGUGUAAGAGAACGUGGUCGUCUUCCACCUGUUCUCCGGGAGGUGAUGGUUGACCUUGUGGAGCCAGCCAGAUGCAAGCAUGCCCUCCAAACAUUAAGGCCCAGGCACACGCCACUCACUGUGGUGUGUGCAGGACCAGAGAGAGGAGGCCGAGAUGCUUGCCAGGGAGACUCAGGGGGUCCCUUAUUCUGCCCCAGGGCGGACGGGCACUGGACAGUAGUCGGGAUUACCUCAUGGGGUAAAGGAUGUGGACGCAGCUGGAUCGACAACUUGUUCAAGGCACCAAACAGGAGAGGAUCACCUGGGGUGUUCACAGAUGUCAAAGUGUUGUUGCCAUGGAUUAAGAGAACCCUCAAAGAAGCAGAACUCAAAACUUAUGUGUUCCCUUCAAGAUUAUGUCAUGUGCUUGAUGGAGCUUUGACUGAAAGACAAGGUGUAAUUAGCAAUCCGGAUAAGCCUGCCGAAUACUAUGCAAACAAUGAAAUAUGUUCAUGGUCCAUCAACACUUCAGCUGGAAAUCACAUUCUCCUGGAGUUCCUGAAAUUUGACUUAGAGAAUGACACUCUCUGUCAAAGCGAUCAGCUCACAGUGUUGGGAGACACUGACAGGGUCAUUGGCAAGUUCUGUGGGAGCCAACUCCCCGAGCCUGUGCUUAUCACCUCCAGCAGUGCCACCAUACAGUUUGUGUCUGAUGCCAGUGUCACAAGAGCUGGGUUUUCCAUCCAGUACAAAGCUGUGGCUGAAGAUUUUCAACUUGGGCCAGGAUGUGGCACGGUGGCUCUGCUCCAAGCACAGGGGGCCAUCCAAAGUCCCCGCUACCCAGAGGCCUACGGAAACAACGCAGACUGCCGCUGGGUCAUCCAUGCACCCAAGGGACACGUUGUCAAGCUUGACUUCCAUGAUUUUGACUUGGAGCAUUCAGAGUAUUGCCAAUAUGAUUCCCUAAAAAUAUUGGGAGAUCUUGAUGGGAAACAAGAAAUCGUGGUGCUUUGUGGAGGGACUGUGCCUCCCCCGGUCCUGAGCUAUGACAGUGUGAUGGUCCUCCAGUUCACCUCGGACAGCAGCGUAUCGGCCCGUGGAUUCAAUGCUACACCGACAUUCAUCAACAGAUCAGACCUCCAGGAAGAUGACUCAACAGAACUGGACGAAUCAGACGGCACCACAGUCCACUCUCGCCAAGUGCAGACAGGCCUAUGUGGAAUGCCACACUCUCCUGCUGCUUCAGAGCUGGGAGAGCCUGAAGGGGGAGAGGGCGCGUCACAGCAGCCCUGGCCCAGGGAUGUGAGAGUCCAUCUGGGCACUGAGGUCAUCUGUUUGGGUGCCAUCAUCCAGCCAGACUGGAUCCUAACAGCAGCCCACUGUGUCCAUGGCCUAGACGAGAAAAUACUUGCAGCAUUGACUGUUGAAACUAGGGACCCAGACAGCCAACGUCGGAGGGUGAGGAAAGUACUUCUGCACCCCCAAUAUGAGCCUUCCACUCUGGACUCUGAUGUAGCCCUCCUGCAGCUGGACUCUGAGCUUGUGCUCACUGACCACACACAGCUGAUAUGCCUGCCCAGCCUCCUACAGGGGGACUCACUCGCCCUGGACUGCCAAGUGACCCUUGGGAGCAUACACGGUGGUACCAAUACAUCACAGUCAGUAGAGGAGUCUCUGGUGGAACAUGCAGACUGCGAACGCUACUAUCCUGGCAGGCUGACCGACACAAUGCUAUGCGCUGAACAUAAAGAGCUAAAUGGUUAUAGCUCCUGUGUGGGUCAUGCUGGAGCCCCUUUGGUAUGCCGGCCAAACGACUCCAAUUUCUUUGUCCUAGGGGUGGCCAGUUGGAGUGAGGGAUGUGGAAAGUUUCCAAGGCCGGCGGUUUAUUCCUCAGUGCCUCUUGUCGUGGACUGGAUUCUGCAGCAGUUUGAUGUGACUUUGGAUUCAGAGCUUGAAGAGGACCCAGAUGAAAAAGAUUUUAGGACUGAAUCAUCUGUAGGCUUUUAAGCUGUACCAUCAUAUCUGCAUUUCAACAAAGCCAGCCACAACUUGCGCUCUGAAUACAUGAUCAGUAUUUAUAUUACAGUAACGUUCAUUAUUAUGUAUUUUGAAUUAUUUAUUUUGGUAUGAUAUGUAGAGCAAUGUUACUGCAUGUUUGAUGAAGGACAAUGUUUUUCUAUUAUUAAUGUAUUCUCUCACGUGUAUUUCCAUAGCCAAUUUAUUUAUAUAAUGAUUAGGACACAUUUUGGAAAUAAAGUUUUUAUGACUUGUUAA